AUGGCACUAUCACUCUCAAGCACCAUGCUCCUUUACAAAUUGUCACUCGCUUUUUCUUCACAGAAUGUUGAAAACGGGACAAGUGACAACGAAGGUUCUGAUACUGGUGAUGAUAUUGUGUUUGAUAUUGAUCCUAGUUUGCUUGUGGAUUGUGAGAAAAUACUCAUCGGUGGCAUGAUUGGAAAAGGCUCGUACUCUCUUGUAUUCAAAGGAUGGUAUGAAGGUCAUCCUAUAGCCAUUAAGGCUAUACACCCACAAUGUAAAGCCAAAUUUGAGAGAGAGGUUAAGCUUUUAUCUAAGAUUCAACAUGCAAAUGUUGUCAAGUUUAUUGGAGCUUCUGUGAAACCAUCUAUGGUGAUAAUAAUAGAACUUUUAGAAGGUGGAUCACUUCAGAAAACCAUGAAUAACAUCUAUCCAAUAACAUUUUCAUUGGAACAAUGUUUGAGUUAUGCUCUUGAUAUUUCACAAGCUAUGGAGUAUUUGCAUUCAAAUGGCAUUAUUCACCGUGAUCUUAAGCCUGGUAAUUUAUUACUUACAAAAGACAAGAAUAAUAUUAAGCUUGCUGAUUUUGGGAUAGCUAAAGAGAAUAUAUGUGAUGAGAUGACUUGUGAAGCUGGUACAUAUAGAUAUAUGGCUCCUGAGAUUUUAAGCAAAGAUCCACUUCCAAAAGGAGUAAAGAAAAGCUAUGAUCACAAAGCAGAUGUUUUUAGUUUUGCAAUGGUUCUUUGGUCUAUGAUCAAAAAUCAAGUUCCAUUUAAAGAUAGGGCUGACUUAAUGGCUGCAUAUGAUGCAUUACACAAUUUGAGACCAUGUUUGGAUGAUUUUCCAGAAGAUAUAACUCUCCUGCUUCAAUCUUGUUGGAUGGAAGAUCCAAAACUUAGACCAGAAUUCAAAGAAAUCAGUGAAAUUCUGAUAACGAUUCUCCAUAAUAUAUACACAAGAAAGAUUAAUGGACUUGCCAGCAUAGAAGUUGUUGAAGAAGUUGAUAGCAAAAGUGAGGAAGAAUUAUCAAGGGCACAACAUACUCCAACUAGCUUUGAAUUCAAACAUGAGAAUGAGACUGUAAAACCUAAUGGAGAAACUGAUGGUGAACCUCAGAGUGGAACAAAGACAUCAUUCUCUAACUUGGUGGAAAAGAAGCCCAAAAAGAAGAGUAAGAUCAAGCGUUUUUUUUCUUCCUGUAGUUGCAUUGCCUUCUGA